CUCAGACUUUAUUCAUAUCGGCCAGCAUAAGGAUACCAGGGGACCGAGGACUCCCAGUAAAUCAGACUAUCUGGACGCCAGCCGUCAACCGCUGCGACGCAGUGAUACGCAGCAGUAACCACCAGACCUCUACCAUAUACGCUCAGAGACCUGACUGGGAACUCUGAACAGACGCUGCAGACAAUGUCGCUAGCAAAACUUACCUCGAUCUCAACUAAAACGCUGUCGCUGCUACUGGAGCGUCAGCGGCUCCAAACGUUACCGAGUUUCUCGACUCCGAAUUCCCCGUUGCACGACCCAAAUUCCAGUCCCAGUACGGGCUCUCUACACCUAACUCAGAUCAAGAAGAACUUGGAACAGCUGCGGAAUGGGAUAGCAGCGAUGCAGGCGAAGGAGGGGGACUCUGAAGCGGUCGGGCUGUUGAGGAAUCAGUAUGAGAGGAUGAGGGGGAUGUUGGGGAGUGAUGCUGCUGGUGUCCCUAGCUUGAGCCCAACUCCACAACCCAGUCCUGAACCAUCACCCUCACCGUCCAAUUCACCGUCGCCCGUACCCCAGUCAGUACCCAGGGAACCGUUACCUUCAAUAGGGUUGUCAGGUGGUGGUAGUGGCGCUUCGAAACAAGCCGCGUUGUUCCUCUCGUCUUCGACCUCCCCUUCAUCACACACCCGCUCAGAUUCGCAUGGAGUGUUUGCGCCAUACAAGGAUGAUCCCUCGCAUUCGACGUCGCCGCCCAAACCAAGUUACGCGGACGAAGAAAGUGGGGAUAAUGACCACUCGAUUCUACUCCAAUCGCAGCGCUUUUUGAUGCAGGAACAAGACCAGCGGUUAGACGAGCUCUCGCAUUCGAUCAACCGGCAACACCACUUGUCAGUGCAGAUUAAUGACGAGUUGGAUGUGCACCAUGGGUUGCUGGAGGAGCUGGAUACGGGAAUUGAUCGGACCGCUGGACGGUUAGGAAGCGCGAGGAAGAGGCUGGACAGGGUUGCGAAAGGGAUCAAGGAGAACAGCUCAGCAUUUAUGAUUGGCCUCCUUAUCUUCGUCCUCCUCAUCCUGAUUAUCGUCCUCAAAACGUGA